AUGAGCGACGACUCAGAUUUUGAUGAUGUUGCUCAUGAGAAGUUGCUCCAAUCGAUCAAAACUCCAGGAUCGGUUAAACAGACGAAGUUGAAAAAGGCGCCCACGAAGAAAAUUGAUGCCACUUCACUUUUGUCACACAUCACAGUCGCAAGGACUUCCACGAAUGAGGCGAAGAAAAGUCUAGGAAUUGGAGGUAUUGAAGACGAAAAAGGUGAAGGUGGUGAAGAAAAAACAGCGAAAAAACGAAAAUUGAAAGAUAAAAAUGAGGAAAAAGCAAAAAAGAAGAAGCUGAAAAGUAAAACAUUGAUACCAAUUCGAGAUAUUGAAGCGAGAAAACGAAUAGAAGGAGAAAUCGCGUUCAAAGAUUUGAAAAAAGAAGUAACGAAAAGUUGGACGCCGCUGGUUCAGACGAAUCGUGUCGCCGAUCAAUUGAUUUUCCCGUUGACACAGCCGGAUUGCUUGCUUUGGGGAGAUGAGAAAAACGAGCCGGAGCUUACGAAAGAGGAAAUUGCUAUUAAAAAAGCCACUGAUAUCAAAUUGGCUAAGGAAAAACUUAAGCAGAUGCAGCGAAUGAGAGCGAUUAUUGGAAUUACGGAAGCCAAGAAUCGAUAUUUGAAAAAAAUUAAAUCGAAAGGAUAUCAUCGAAUUUUGAAACGAGAAAAGCGGAAGCAACUAUUGAAGGAGUUUGACGAUUUGGUGACGCGCGAUCCAGAAGCAGCUCAUAAGAAACUCGAAGAAUUAGAUUUACAGCGUGUUAUGGAGCGUGGAAGCUUAAAACAUCGAGGUCAGAAUCAGAAAUUUAAGCAGAUGCUUGAAAAACAUGCGAGUCGGAAUCCAGAAGUCAAAAAGAUUCUUGAAGAACACUUGAGAAUGGGUCGGGAAUUGAAGCAGAAGGUAUCUAUGGAAGAUGAUGAUGAUGAUGAUGAUGAGGGCAAUGAGGUGGAAAGCAAGAAAUCAAAAAAAAGUAUUCAUCAGAUACUACAGGAUGCUGCGAAUGAAGCUGCAAAAGAGCCCGUAAAUGUCGGAAAAGCUUUGGUUGACUCGUUUCUAGGAGAUUCUGAAGCUCAGAAAAUUUCGUUGGCUGAAAUGCGAGCGAAGAAACGACGAGAAGCAGCGGAAUUGGCGAAGAAUGUCAAUAAUGCGGAGCAAAAAGCUGAGCCAUUGUUUGAUGUUGAGACGAAUUGGGAUCAGACGAGCGGUGAGAAGAAGGCGAAAAAGAAGAAUAAGAGGAAGAAUGAGCAAAAAGAAGAUGAUAAGAAAGAUGUUAAAAAGAAGAAGGGUUCUAUUGCGAAAAUGAGUUUUGUUUCUGAGGAUUACGAUCCUGAUAAGGAAUUGGAAUUGACUUAUGAGGAGAAGGUUGAUCUUGCUGUUGAAGAAGCUGGAGUUAAUGAUCACGAGAAAUUGGAAAAAGAAAUUGCCAUUGAUCCGCGAAAGUUUUUGGAGCUUAAUUCGAAAGAUUUGACUCAAGUUUCCUCUGAUUUAGUCGAGAAGAUGGAUCAGUUUGAUGAAGAAACGGCUAAUGUUAUUAAUGAGGCCUUCAAAGAUGAUGAUGUUGUUGGAGAAUUUGAAACAAAUAAAGAUGGAGUGAAGGAGAAGGAAAAGGUGAAAGACAUUGAUUUGAAUUUGGCCGGUUGGGGUAGCUGGGUUGGUCCGGGAAUGACGGAGAAGAAGCGCCGAAAGAACUUUAUCAUCAAAGCCAAGGAAAAAAAGAGGAAAGACGGUCUGUUGAAUGGAGUAAUCAUUAAGGAAUCGGUCGGACCUUCAGAGGGUAUCGGAAAAAUUCAGCCGAGGUCUCUUCCAUUCCCGUACACGCGUGUUGAAGAUUAUCAAGCCGUCCUACAGCAACCAUUGGGUCUUGAAUGGAAUAUGGAGAAGAUGCGUGAUGAGCUGUGUAAACCGGCCGUGGUUGUCGAGGCGGGACGAGCCAUUCGACCCAUCAACAAGAAGCUUCUCAUGGAAGAAAAGAAUCUCGGCAUGAAUUGGUGCCUCUAUUUGUUUCAAUUUGUAUUGUUAGCCGUAGGAAGCUGUCUGGCGGAAGUCAUUGUCUUAGAUUCGUCGAAUUUCGACAAAGUUUUGAAAGAGAAUGAGCUGGUGUUUGUGAAUUUUUAUGCGGACUGGUGCCGAUUUUCACAAAUGCUCAAGCCGAUAUUCGCAGAAGCUUCGACAAAAUUUGAUGGAAUGAAAGGAAAAGUGGCAUUUGCCUCGUUGGACGCUGAUAAACAUAAUGAUAUUUCAAUGCGCUAUCAUGUUAAUAAGUAUCCGACAUUGAAAUUGUUUAGAGAUGGAGAGGUCUCAAUGCGCGAAUAUCGAAGCUCGAGAUCGGUUGAAGCCUUCACUGAUUAUAUAAAUAAGCAGAUGCAAUUGACGUUGAAGACAUUCAACGAUAAAGCUGCCAUGCAAACUUCCUACAAUCCAGAAAAGAGCACGAUUUACGCGUAUUUCCGCGAAUCGAGCGGUGUCGAAUUCGAAAAUCUCAAAAAGGUCUCGCAACUCUAUCGCGAUGAUUGUGAUUUUUUGGUGGGAAUUGGCGAACAGAAUUUCCCUGGUGACGUCAUGCCUGCUGGUCAGACGCCGAAGCUUUUGUUCCAGCCAUCAAACAAAGUGCCAAAUCCAACUGCAGUGUCAUUUAGUGGUGAUUUUCAAACUUAUGAAUACCUCAAACAAUGGAUUGCUGAUCGUUGUGUGCCUCUUGUCCGAGAGAUCACUUUCCAGAAUGCCGAAGAACUGACUGAGGAGGGAUUGCCAUUUUUGAUUCUUUUCAAACAUCCCGAUGAUAAGACGAGUGAGAAAGAAUUCACAGAUGCUGUUAUUCGAGAGAUUCCGGAUCAGAAGAAGGCUGUGAAUUGCUUGGUUGCCGAUGGAAAGAAGUUUGCGCAUCCACUUCAUCACCUCGGAAAAUCUGAAGGCGAUCUUCCGGUAAUUGCCAUCGACUCAUUCCGUCAUAUGUAUCUUUUCAAUAACUAUAACGAUAUUCAUGUUCAAGGAAAACUGCGGCAAUUUGUGUUGGACCUUCACAGUGGCAAACUUCAUCGCGAAUUCCAUCAUGGGCCGGAUAAGGAGAAUCAGCCUGCGCCGGAAACGCAGCCGCCGCCGUCGGUGUUCGAGAAACUGAAACCGGCAUCAAGCCGAUAUACUUUACUUGAUAAGACCGAAUUGUAA